GUCAAAUGAUUUUAUAACCUAAUUUUCUCAGCAAUCAGUAUAAACAAUGUUCUGAUUCGAAUCAUUAAUCAUAUUCAAAAAAAUGGAGUUAGAGCUACUCCAGGGCUCGGAAUCUAAGAGUCCAACAAAUCUCUCGUCUACAGGAAAAGCACUCAUAUACGUAACUGGAGGCCUAGCGGUUGGUGUCAGUAUUAUUUGCAUACCGUUUACAGCUCCAGCGCUGAGAAAAGUAUGUUUGCCUUACGUUCCUGCUACCACCGAACAACUCCUUGGAAUUACCAAAGCUCUGGCAGGUCGAAGUGGUAAACUGUUGGAUGUAGGGUCGGGUGAUGGAAGGAUUGUAUUUACAGCUGCUAAACUGGGAUUUCAAGCAGAUGGAGUAGAAUUAAAUCCAUGGCUUGUAUACUAUUCCCGAAUCGCAUCAUUAUUAAAUCCAGAGUGCAGAAGCAGCAAGUUUUACCGGCGUGAUUUAUGGAAGUUUGACUUAAAGCCCUACAACAAUAUAGUCAUAUUUGGUGUUGAGCAGAUGAUGACAGACUUUGAGAAGAAGUUGCUUGCAGAAACAAACUCUGACACUGUCAUAGUAGCUUGCAGAUUUCCCCUGCCUAACAUGAUUCCUGUGGAAACUAUUGGAAGUGGUAUUGAUACAGUUUGGAAAUAUGUUGUAAAAAGAUAAACCAAAAUAUAACUUAUAUAUUUUAUUAAAUUUUAGCUUAGUCUUUAAAUCAAUAUACACUGUUGUUUUUA